AUGGUGCCCGUAGCAGCAGCUGCUUCGGUCUGUUUUGUUGCUGCUCUCUUCUCUGCUGCUGCUGCAGCGAGAGAUGGCAGGACAGAUGCGUCGAACAUCCCCAUGCCUGGAGACAGCAGCCUGGCGCUGUUUUCUUCCUAUGGAGAUGCGCCCCCAGAGAAGCCGCGGGAGGAUUUGCUGGCGUGGGCAGCAAAAGUGACAGAAGAGCUGCAGCCAGUGCAGCAGCUGCUGCAGCAGCUGCAGCAGCAGGAGCAGCAGCAGCGGCAGCAGCGCCAGCGCCAGCAGCAGCAGCAGCAGCAGCAGCAGCAGCAGCACCAGCAGCAGCAGCACCAGCAGCAGCAAGAGCAGCAGCAGCAGCAGCCCGCCCAGGACGAAUCCUCUUCAGACGACACCAGCAACGAAGCCCAGCAGCAGCAGCAGCAGCAGCAGCAGCAGCAGCUGCAGCAGCAGCAGCAGAUUGGACUCGGGGAAGCUGUUUUGCGCAGUGCAGCAUUAGCAGCAGAAUUUCAAAAGCUGAGAGUGGACAGGCUGCUGCUUAGGGAUGACCCUGAACUCGAAGCCCUAGCAGACAAGCUGUACGGAGAACGAAUUAGGGUUUUGGGAAGCCUGGGGGCCCUCAGACCCUCCACUAUUGCUGCGGGACUGCAGGAGGGCUCGGGGCCCUCUUUGGGGCUGUUUCUGCGGCUAGGGUUUGAGGAAGCAGCAGCAGCAGCAGCGCCGCGUGCUGCUGCUGCUGCGCUGCAGCAGCUGCUGCAGCGCGUGCUGCCCUUCCACAUCAAACAGAAGCAAAAAGGAAAAGGAUAUAAUCUGACAAUCCAGCAGGCCCUUUGCAUAGCCCAAACGGACCCCGAGCCCGAGGCCAGGGAGCAGGCCCUCGCUGCAGUCGACUCGUAA